AUAUUCCAGACUGUAUUGUUUCCAAGAUGGCGGCUUCGUUGGAAGAAGAAUUUGAGGAUGCACCUGAUGUAGAGCCUUUAGAGCCGACGCUAAAAAAUAUAAUCGAGCAAAAAUCUCUGAAGUGGAUUUUUGUAGGUGGAAAAGGUGGCGUGGGAAAAACGACAUGCAGCUGCAGUUUGGCCGUGCAGCUGUCCACGGUGAGGGAGAGCGUCCUCAUCAUCUCCACCGACCCAGCACACAACAUCUCAGACGCCUUCGACCAGAAGUUCUCCAAAGUUCCCACCAAAGUGAAGGGCUACGAUAACCUCUUCGCCAUGGAGAUCGACCCGAGUCUGGGCGUGGCCGAGCUGCCGGACGAGUUCUUCGAAGAGGACAACAUGCUGAGUAUGGGCAAGAAGAUGAUGCAGGAGGCCAUGAGCGCUUUCCCCGGCAUCGACGAGGCCAUGAGCUACGCCGAGGUCAUGAGGUUAGUAAAGGGCAUGAACUUCUCUGUGGUGGUGUUCGACACGGCUCCUACAGGCCACACGCUGCGCCUGCUCAACUUCCCCACCAUCGUGGAGCGAGGCCUGGGCCGCCUCAUGCAGAUCAAGAACCAGAUCAGCCCCUUCAUCUCUCAGAUGUGUAACAUGCUGGGGCUGGGCGAUAUGAACGCAGAUCAGCUGGCAUCCAAACUGGAGGAAACGCUUCCUGUUAUCCGUUCUGUCAGCGAGCAGUUUAAAGACCCGGAGCAGACGACGUUCAUCUGCGUGUGCAUCGCAGAGUUCCUGUCCCUGUACGAGACCGAGCGGCUGAUCCAGGAGCUGGCCAAGUGCCGCAUCGACACACACAACAUCAUCGUCAACCAGCUGGUGUUUCCCGAUGCCGAGAGACCCUGCAAGAUGUGUGAGGCCAGACACAAGAUCCAGUCCAAAUACCUGGACCAGAUGGAGGACCUGUAUGAGGAUUUCCACAUCGUCAAACUGCCUCUACUGCCUCAUGAGGUUCGAGGAGCAGACAAAGUCAACACGUUUUCCAAACUGCUCCUGGAGCCCUACAAUCCCCCCAAUAAGUGACUUACCUUCCCUUAAACACACACACACACA